AUGGCAACCCCAACAUCCCCCUCGGCACUCCCCCCGAUCCCCUCUUCACCAACCUACUCAUACGCUUCAACCGCAAACCCAAUCCCCUCAUCCUUCAACCUGCCACCGCCUCCGCCCCCUCGACCACUCCAUUCAAUCCUCACCAAAUCCGACCUCGAAGCCUCCCAAACAGCUUACACCGACCUCCUCACAUCCGCCAAAGCCUACCGACUGGCACUGGCGACCCUCUCUUCAAGCGCCUCAAACUUCGGCUCCGCACUAGAAGCCUGCGCCCGUCUAAAAGAAGCACGUUGCCCAUCUAUCAAUACCCCAGGGGGUAGCAUGUCGGCGUCCUUCACGGGGUCCUCGGGCGCCUGCACCGCCGACUCGCUCCUAGCCGCAUCAGGCGUGCACCACCUAAUAGCCAACCACCAGCAAAUCCUAUCCGAAACCGUCUACCGCUCCUUUGAAGUGCCCCUACUCUCCGAGCUCGACGGCUGGCGCCGGCGCAUGGAGGAGGAAGAGGAGCGGUACGUGAAGGAGGCGAAGAGCAUGAGUAAGGAGAUCCGGAAGAUGGAGAAAGAGGGCUUGAGACUGCAUGGGAAGCGGAAGAGGGAUGUGGGUGUGUUUCGGGAGCAUCUGGUUCGACUUACAGGGCAGCUGGAUGGCCUGACUGCGCUGCAUGGCGGGCAUGCGGGGGAUUUGCUGAGGGAGGGCCAGGAGAUUAGUAGUGGGAUUGUGGAAGGUGCUGCGGGGCUGGUGAGGGCGGAGGUGGAUAUUUUCGAGGCGCUCGCACGGAAAGGAUGGAGUGGAGGCGGGCUGGAUGACUUGCUGGAACGUGGGAGGGAUCUUUUUGCCAACGAAGCUGAUAAUCUGGAUGUGCAUGCUGGGACUCAUUCGAAGAUCUUCUCGAUACUGCCGCAGAAGAGCAUUCUGGUUGACUCGCCAGAUGGGAGUGGAAGGCCUGGACAUGCGCGGAGCGAUAGUCUUCUCGUAGAGGGAACGGCGUAUCAAAGUCUCACUGGCGCAGUAAGGGACACAGACGUCAAUUCUCUCUUCUCGGAACGCGACACAAGCGCCACGGCCGGCAUACUAAACCGUCCUCGAGGCGCGCGGCCAUUCUCCCCACCGCCUAUGGAAAGAGUACCGGUUACGGAACGCGAUCCGUUGGAACUGGAUAGACCGGAUGCAGAGCCGCAUAAGGAUUCCGCGGAAGAGGAAGAGAUGUCGACGAGUCCGAAUACGAUGGUGUUGAUCUCGCCUCCUGGUGAAGAGAGGGGUAGAGAUACAAAUGGAAGUGGGAGUGGAGAAAGUGGUGGGGAAAAGAAGAAAGACAGGGAACGCAGGUGGAGCGUUACGGAUGAUGAUGAUGGUGUCCCCCUUCCAAUCAAACUUGCCCUGUUCAUCCCUCGGCACCUGACUCCCAAUCAUAUCGCCACUCAGCAGACUCAGAAACGGGAUCUGGGACAGAACCUGUUGCGAAGCAGCUUCGCUCUCUUGGCGGUGGGAAUCCGCUGGCAGUACUCGUUAUUUGGAGGAGGGGCUUGGGUGCCGAUUAGUGUUGCUGAAGACGUCGUUGUGCCUCCUGCCGAGAGGGUCGCGGUGUCGAGGGUGUUCGAUGAAGUGUUGGAGCCGGGUGGCGAGAUGGAUGAUGCGACGCCGCGGGGUAUCUGGGCCAUUGCUGGUGUUGUAUAG